CCACACCCACACCAGGAAAUUUGUGGCACCACAUUUAUUUCAGGAGAAACAAAACUAGCCAGACUGGCACUUCUAAAAUCUCCUUUUUCUACCACCAUGGAUGAAAAGACAGCACCGUCUGCGGAUCUCAACUACACUGCAACCUCAGAUGUGGAGUGUGAUGUGUGCACUGGAAGGAAGCGUAAAGCAGAGCAAUCCUGUUUGGAGUGUAUGUCUUCGUUCUGUGAAAGCCAUAUAGAUCUGCAUAAGAUUCUGUCUGUGGGGAAGAGACACAAGCUGGUGGCGGCUACGGGAAGCCUCAAAGAGAGCAUCUGUCCUAAGCAUGGCAAACUCAUGGAGAUUUUCUGCCGCAAAGAUCAGCAGUGCAUAUGUCACCUGUGCAUUACAAAUAAACACAAAAAUCAUGAUGUUGUCUUGAUUGAGGACGAGGUACCUGAGAAGAAGAUUAAACUUGGGAAAAUGCAAAGACAGACAGCCAAGAUGAUUCAGACCCGGGAGAAAGAGGAGAAAGAUUUAAAACAAGCUAUAGAUUCAUUCAGGACAUCAGCAGUGCAUGCAGUGGAGAAGAAUGAGAAGAGCUUUACAGAGCUGAUAUGCUCCAUUGAGAUGAGGCAGCAUGCAGUGAAGGAGCUGAUCUUGACUCAGGAAGAGGCUGCUGUGAAGCAAGUUAAUACACUAUUAGAGAAACUAGAACAGGAGAUCACUGAUCUGAAGAGCAGAGAUGCUGAACUACAUCACCUGGAGUCGCUCUCUCAAGCAGACAACAACAUCUCUUUUCUACAAAGUGCUUUUUCUGUUCUCAAUCUCUCAAAGUUCAUCCAGAUCCCAGCUCUGUCAGUCCAUUCAUCCUGUCCAUUUCAGACUGAUGCUGUCUCAAAUCUUAUCAAACAACUGCACAUAAUCUACCAGUGGCGAUUCAUGACAAUCUCUGAAAGAGUAAAAAACACUGGUAUCGUAUCUGCACCCCUACCACAAACAUACCAGGAGCUCUUAAAAUAUGCAGUCAAUCUUAAUCUGGAUACAAAUACGGUGCAUGACAACCUCCAACUGAAUAUUCUGGACACAAAACUGACCGCUGUCCAAAUGCCGGAGUGCUAUCCUUUCCAUCCUGACCGAUUUGAAAGGCGGUUGCAGGUCUUAUGCAAAGAAGGUCUGCGUGGUUCACCACGUUACUGGGAAGUGGAGUGUGGUACAAAAGGGUCAUGGGUUAAUAUUGCAGUCUCAUACAAAGGGAUAAAAAGGAAAGGGAAACAGGCCCCUCUCUUUGGCAGAUGCAAAAACUCAUGGGCCUUGCGCAACUAUGGGGGCAUAUACGAAUUCUGGCAUGACAAUAAGUGCCAGAAAACCUACAAAGACAUAUCUUUAGAUUGUUCUAAAAUAGGAAUAUAUCUGGAUCAUGGAGCAGGGAUUUUGGCCUUUUACAAUGUCUCAGGUAACCUGAGCCUCAUCUACAAGGCCCAGACGCAGUUUACAGAGCCUGUAUAUGCUGGUUUUGGACUGGUAGGGAUAGGCGCUCAUAUCCGACUCUGUGAUUUCUAAAAUGUAUAAGAUCAUCCUCCUUCUCAAAGCGGGUGUGCUUACACCUGUUGCAAUUAAGAUUUAAAUGUUUACUCUAUGCAUAUUAUUAAGGUUCUACAGGUCAACAGUUUCCUUUAUUGUAGUAUCAUGUAAUGGGGAAUAUAGAAUGCUGUGUUGAACAUUGUCGCUUUAUAUAUACUACAGCAGUUUAGUAUGAACAACAUUAUGCCUUAAAAAAAAAUUCAAUACAUAACACAAAAAGUAUGGCUUUUCAUUUGUGACAUGUGAGCAACGUGCCAAACUGAAAAACAAAAUCUCCACUGCGUUGCUUUUACAUUGUUUGAUUUGUUUGAUCUCACAAAUGAAAAACAAGCAGCAAGGACAUGCUUUUUAAGAAUGAAAUGUUGAAUGUAUGUCAGAAAUGAACGAAAUCCAUGUUUGAAAGCAAUACGCAUGUAAGCAUUGUAUUUCACCGUGUGGUUUCCUUUCAGAUAGAAAAGCAAUACACAGAUCCCAUGUACAUAGUGACAUGCACAAAACAAUCAACACUGAAUAACACUUUCAAGCAUUUUUCCCCUGUCCUGCUUCCAAAUAUACCUCCUGAGUAUCGAUAGAGCUUUGAUUGGACGGUGGCUGCAUUUCAGUGCAGCAUGACUACACCACACUGAUGAAAGUGAAAUUAAAUACAACAGUUUAUUGCUUACACAUCUGACACAAAUUCAGCAUUUCUUCUUCUUCUUUUUAAAAUUGUCUUCUAAUUGCUUCUCACUAUCAAGUAAAUAUCAAGUGCUGAAAAGGCAA